AUGUCAAUGGAUCACCAGGACCUUAAAAGAAGGGAUCCUCCAGCAGAUUCUGAAAGUCAACGACCAAGUAAAAAGAUAUCAUUAUCAUCGUCAGAGGCUUCAGUUCCAAUAGGAGGUCCACCAAUUGACCAAAAUUUAAUAUUGUUUCAAAACAGGGCUAUGAAAGUUCGUGUUGAAGAACAAAAAAUUGAAAUUAAUGAUAGAGAACAAAAAAUUAAACAAUUAAAUACAAAAAUACAUCAAUAUAAAGAGAAUAUAAGUUGUUUAUGUAGAGUUUGGGAUCAAUUAAAUAGUGGACUUGAUCUUUUAAUAAAUAGAGUGGAUUUUGAAAAUGCAAUGGAUAAUUUAUUACCAAAAGAUAAUAUAACCGAGUCAUUUGAAUUUCUUAGUUCAUAUAUUACAGAACCAGUUACAUUAGAUGAAAAAUAUACAUUGGAUCAAAGUUUACAAAAAAAAGUUCAAAAAACUCAAUCUACAUUUUCAAAGAUUUCAAAAGCAUUAGAAAAAGAGCAUACCUUAUCAAAAUUUGUGUUUAGAUUAUUAAAAUCAAAAGAUGGAAUAAAAUCAAAUGAUAUAGAAAAAUUAUUAAAAGAAGAUAAUGAUAAAUUAUCAAAACAAAAUCAAUAUAUUCAAAAUAUUUAUGAUAAAGUACAAAUUCAAUUUAAACAAUUAACAGAUCAAACUACACAUCUUGCAGAUCAAGCAGCAAUUUAUCAACAAAAUAAUAAAGAGUUAAAAUUAGAGUUGGAGAAAUCACAAGACGAGCUCACAAUAGAGCGUAAAAGAGUGAUUAAAUUACAAGAUGAAACAUUAAGAACACCACAAGUUAAAAUACCUUCACCAUCAUUAGGUAGUAAUAUACCAGGUGGUGCUAAUAACAAUAAUAACAAUAACAAUAAUAGUAAUAAUAAUAAUAAUAUAAAUAAUAAUGGUAAUAAUAUGGGUGGUAGUGGUUCAUCAUCAUUAGCAUCAUCAACUAAUGGAAUUAAUAAACAGCAAUCAAAUGAUAUCAAUGGAAAAGAAUUAACACACGAAGAGUUAAUAGCUGAACUUCAAAGACAAUCUGAUAGUAGAUUAUUAGAAGCUAGAAAAUUAAGAGAAGAAAAAGCAAUUUUAUUAAAAGAAUUACAACAAAUUCAAAUUGAUAUUCGAGUUAUUCCAGAAGAAAGAAUUCAAAAUUCAAUGCCAUAUCAAGUAUUAAGACAAAGAUAUCAAUUAGUAUCGGAUGAAUUGGAUAUUCAUCGUAAUCAAUGUACAAAAUUACAAAAUGAUUUAGCUCAAGCAACCAUUGGUAGAAGAUUAGAGAGAGAAGCAUUGGAAGCAUUUGAAGCACAUAGAAGACAAAACAUAGAGAGAAGAGUUUCACAAUUGGAGGUAGAAUCAAUUGAAUUAAAAGGAGAGAAAGAGAAAUUGGUAUGUCUUAUCGAACAAAGAAAUCCCAAUGUGCCAUCUCUUCAAUAUAUUCAAGAAUCACGUUUAUUAUUGGAUAAGAAAGAUGAUGAAAUUAAACAACUUCGUAAAGAGAUUGAACAAUUGAAAUUGGAUAUUGAAAAGUAUAAAGCACCAAAAGAAGAGAUUGAACGUUAUAAACUUUUGGUUCAAAGAGAUGUAGAAUCAAAGAAUAUCGAAAUCAAUAAACUUUUAGAGAAAAUUAAUACAAUUACAAAACAAAAUAAUGAUUUAAAAUCAAAUGAACAACAACUUUUACAAAAAGAAUCUGAAUUAACUUUAUCUUUAAAUAUUUUAAAAUCAAAUAAAAAUAAUAUAAAUAUAAAUAAUUUAGAUAAAGAUAAUAUAGAAGAUAAUAGUAAAAUAAAACAACAACAAGAACAACAACAACAACAACACCAAAAAAUUGAUAAUAAUAAUAAAAAAGAAGAAGAAAUUAAAAAAGAACAACAACAACAACAACAACAACAACAACAACAACAACAACAACAACAACAACAACAACAACAACAACAACAACAACAACAACAACAACAACAACAACAACAACAACAACAACAACAACAACAACAACAACAACAACAACAAGAAGAACAAAAAAAAGAUAAAGAAAUGAUUGAUAUUGAAAAAUCAACUGAAAAUAUAAUAAAUAAUAAUAAUAAUAAUAAUACAAACGAACAAAAAUUAAAUGAAAUUAAUAAAAAUAUAGAAAAUGGUAAUAAUGAAAAUAAUAAUAAUAAUGAAAAUACAAUAAAUAAUGAAAAUACAAUAAAUAAUAAUAAUAAUGAAAAUAAAGAUAAAAUAAUAUUUAAUUUAGAAUUAAAUGAAUCAAAAUUAAAAUUAGAAUUAUCAACGGUUAAAAAACAAUUAGAAGAUAUAACAAAAUCAAAAGAAGAAUAUGAUAAUGAAAUUAAAGAAAUUAAUGAAAAGUUUAAAGCACAAAUUAAAGAAUUGGAUAUAACGAUCUCACAGAAUAAGAUACAACAAGAAUCACAAAAACAAGAAUUGGAAGCAUUGGUUAUGGAAAUCGAUUCAAUGGGUAAAGCUUAUGAACAAAUGUUGGAACAAAAUACAAGAUUAACUAAACAAUUAUCGGAUAAAGAGGAUACUCAUGCCCAUUUAAUGGCAGAGAAUAUAAAGUCACAACAAACCAUUCGUAACUCUAAAGAGAUACAAUUGGCAAUCGAAGAAAAGUUAAAUAGAAACGAAGAGAAAUUGAAAUCACAAGGUGAACUAAUGCAAAAGAUUGAAGAGAAAUCAAAUAUCCUUCAAAAACAACUCUCAAAAGUCACUGAAGAUCUUCAUAGUUGUAGUUUUGAUUUAGAGAAACAUAAACGAUUCGUUAGAGAGAAUAAUGCUCACUCUUUGGAAUUGAAAACUCAAUUGGAUCAUCUUAGCAAUUUAAACGCUGAAUUGAAAAAGAAAGCUGAUGAUUCAAUCUUUGCAUUGGAACGUGAAAUUGAUAAAGCAAAGAGAUUGGAUGAAGAGAAACAACUUUUAAAAAAGAAAUUAGAGAAAGCUACCUCUGCAAACAAUAAUAAUAAUAAUAAUAAUAAUAACAAUAAUAACAAUAAUAAUAAUAAUUCUUCCUCCUCGGAAGAAGAGUUAAAAUUAAUCAAUCAAAGAUUAAGAUGCACAAUUUGUAAUGAUAGACAAAAGAAUUAUGUCAUUGCAAAGUGUUUUCAUGUAUUUUGCAAAGAAUGUAUAUACUCAAAUAUAGACACAAGAAAAAGAAGAUGUCCAAGUUGUAAUAGAGCUUUCGCCGAAACUGAUGUUCACCAAAUUUAUUAUUAA